AUGGUCACUAGGGGAGUCGAUGAGGACGAAGCUUACGUAUGUGACCCCCAGACCGAGGUGCGGCAGAUAUCGCCAACACACAUCUUGCUGCGAUUUGUCAGCCAUGUGUCGCAGAUAUUUCAACCUGCCACCGGGUUUGUGAGUGUGGACGAGCAGGCGACGUUGAAGGGCGUCGAUGUGAUGGACGUCGACGACGGCCUCAAGGAUGAGUACGUGCGACGCGAACUGAUCCGACGGAGGCAUGCGGAGCUCUGGUGCGUCGACGGAUUAUGGUGUGGUGACCAUGGCGCCCUUCGGUCUGUUCUUGCUUCCACGCUGCGCUGGGGCCACUUGAACGAAGGACCAAACACCAACCUUGCCGUCCCAUUCCUUCUUGCCGUGUGGGUCAUAUCGCAGCCUGGCCACAGCGGCAAAGAACAUCAACUUAGUGAUAAAGCCCUUGGACUUUACCACCAGAGCCGCGACCUCUUCGUCGUGCGGCGAUGGGCGAAGCUCAACUUCUUGCGCACGUCCGCGAGGUCCCGGACGGCGACUGAAGCAUCAUCGGAUGUGCUGCGUAGCCAAUAA